AUGCAAGGGUUAGAAGACGAUUUUGAGAAGAAGAAAUUCGAGAGUGGAGCUAGAGAGGUUCCUUUACCUUGUGAAACAAGUUUUAGCUCUAAAAAAAGAAAGUCUGUCAUCUCCCCUAUUGAGAAAGCAUUUGGUAUUGAAAUCAGAGACCAGUUGGAUCAGGAAAUUGCAAGGAUGUUUUACACAGGAGGAUUGCCAUUUAAUCUUGCAAGAAAUCCGCAUUAUCACAGGUCCUACCAGUUUGCUGCUUCCCACAACAUUGAUGGUUAUGUGCCUCCUGGUUAUAAUAAGUUGAGGACAACUUUGCUACAGAAAGAGAGAACUCAUGUUGAGAAGUUAUUAGAACCACUAAAGCUAACAUGGAAAGAAAAAGGAUUGACGAUUGUGUCAGAUGGUUGGAGUGAUCCUACAAGAAAACCUCUGAUUAAUUUCAUUGCUACUUCUGCUAGUGGUCCUAUAUUUCUCAAGGCUGUGAAUUGUUUUGGCGAAGUGAAAGAUAAAUUCUUCAUUUCUGAUUUGAUGAAAGAGGUUCUCAAUGAGGUGGGUCAUCAAAACGUCGUGCAAAUCAUCACUGAUAAUGCAGCAAAUUGUAAGGCGGCCGGUGAGAUUAUUGAAUGCAUGUUUCCUCACAUCUAUUGGACACCAAGUGUUGUCCAUACACUUAAUCUGGCCUUGAAGAACAUAUGUGCAGCAAAGAAUGUGGAAACGAAUGUCGUAACAUAUAAUGAAUGCAGUUGGAUAACAAUAAUUCAUGACGAUGCGAUGGCAAUAAAAAAUUUCAUCAUGAACCACAACAUGAGGCUGUCAAUGUUCAACAAGUUCAGUCCUCUUAAAUUACUAUCAGUUGCUGAUACUCGUUUUGCUUCCAUCAUUGUGAUGCUUAAGAGAUUGAAGCUUAUCAAAAGAGGUCUUGAAGCUAUGGUCAUAAGUGAGGAGUGGUCUACUUAUAAAGAGGAUAAUUGGGGGAGAGCAAGCUUUGUUAAAGAGAAGAUUGUGGAUGAUGAUUGGUGGGAAAAAGUUUCUUAUAUCAUUGAUUUCACAAGACCUAUAUAUGAUAUGAUUAGGUUUUGUGACACUGACAAGCCAUGCCUUCAUUUGGUGUAUGAGAUGUGGGAUUCUAUGAUUGAGAAGGUGAAGCUUGAGAUCUACAAGAAAGAAAACCGUCAAAUGUCUGAAUAUAGUGUCUUUUACACUGUUGUUUAUGAGAUCUUAGUGGCUCGUUGGACGAAGAAUAACACUCCCCUACAUUGUCUAGCUCACUCUUUAAAUCUUAGAUUUUAUAGUGAUGUAUGGCUUAAUGAGGAUGCUACAAGAAAAGGUCCCUAUAGAGAUGGUGAAAUCUCUCGUGAGAGAACGAAAUGCUUUCGAAGAUUGUUUCCUAAUGAUGAUGAGCAUACUAAGGUUCUUAAUGAGUAUGCAUUAUUCUCCAUGAGGACUGGUCAUUUUGCAGAUUUAUCAUGCAUUGUCGGAAUGGGUACUAUGGAACCCUUUCGUUGGUGGGCUAACUUUGGUGCUGAUACUCCAUGUCUCCAAGCUUUGGCUUUUAAAUUGCUUGGUCAACCUAGUUCAUCAUCUUGUGCUGAGCGCAAUUGGAGUACUUACAACUUUAUUCACUCACUCAGAAGAAAUAAGUUAAAUCCAAGCCGUGCUGAAGACUUGGUUUACAUUCACAACAAUCUACGCCACUUAUCAAGGAAUUCUGGUCAAUAUGAGGAUGAAAAGACCAAGAUGUGGGAUGUUGGUGGAGAUUCAUAUGAUACCAUGGAAGAUGUCGGAUUUUUGGAGUUUGCUAAUCUUUCAUUAGAUGAGCCCGAUCUUGAGAAUGAGUUUCUCAUAGAAUAA